AUGUUUAUCCUUGGAGGAGUUACUGUCACGAUAUUAUCCUGGUGGUUACAAAGUUGGCGAUACCUUCUCUUAGUCAUCUAUAUACCGGCUAUCCUUGUAUUCUUCUAUUUAUGGUCACUGACAGAGAGCUUCCGUUGGUUUUUUAGCAAAGGACGCUACGAAGAAGGUCUAAAUGUUCUUGCCAAAUGUGAGAAGGUUAACAACGUCACCGUACCCAAAGACCAUUACGAUCAAGUAGAAAAACAAGCAAUGAAACAGCGAGAUGCGAGAAAAUGUGAGGUUUUGGAAACUAAUCAGUCAACAUUCAAGCAAUUGCUUCUAUCACCAAUGAUUUGGAAAAGACUUUUCACAUGUUCUUUCCUCUGGACUUCGUCUACUUUGGUCUAUUAUGGUCUUUCUAUAAACGCGAUAGAGUUAUCAGGGAACAGUUACUUGAAUUAUAUAGUCGUUAUAGUAAUUGAAGCGCCUGCAAAUGUUUGCAAGCUAAUUUGCUUGGACAGAUUUGGGAGGAAACGAGUCAUAGCAACCGCGUUCAUGUUGACUGGUGUUAUACUAAUUACUUAUGGAUUUUUACCAGGGGGUAAUUGGUCGACGGCAUUCUAUCUCGGCGGUAAAUUCUUUAUCACACUCGCAUACAAUUCGCUAUACAUUUUCGCGGCAGAAGUUUUCCCAACCAAUUAUAGAACCACUUUGUUAGCUAUUUGCUCAACAAUCGGACGAAUCGGGUCUGCGGUCGCUCCUCAAACACCCUUAUUGUCGAAAUUUUAUGAGUUCCUGCCUACAUUAGUAUUCGGGAUUAUGUCGGCCAUGUCGGGAGUGCUUGUUCUCACUCUACCAGAGACAAAUAAUCAAAAACUACCAGACUCUCUAAAAGAAGCCCAAGAACAAGAUCAUAAAAAGUCCGAAAACAAUGGAGAACGAGAAACAAAUAGAGAUGGCGAAACAGAAAGGAGAGAAACUAAAACUACGUUA